AUUAACAAAUCACGUGAACAUGACAACAGUUUAUGACUUAAACAAAGAGAAAGGAUAUUAAAAUUACUGUUAUAUACCGUCUAGAUAGCUACAUACAGAUAUGUCUGACAAACCUCCUCCGUAUCAGCCAUCUCAAGGUUAUCCUCCGCCUCAACAGGGUUAUGGCCCACCCCCACAGGGUUACGGCCAACCCCCACAAGGAUAUGCCCCCGGACCACAAGGAUAUCCACCACCCCAACAGGGAUAUGCCCCGCCACCGCAGCAAGGAUAUGCCCCACCCCCACAACACUCCCAUCACAGCAGCACGACAGUUGUGGUAGGGGGAGGAGCGCCGGCCCCUGUUGUAAUACAGCAAGUGCCCGAAAGGUUUGCAGACAAGAUCUGUUUGAACUUGGUGAUAAGCCUCUUCUUCUGGCCCUGGCUUAUUGUUUGGCUUUGUUUGUGUAUCUUUGAGAAGUAGGAGAAAAGGCUUUGUUCAAAAUGAGCAUCCAUGGCAGCCACGAAGACCAAGCACAUAAUCCAUACUGCAAGGAAAAAAAAUUGAACAGUUAUGAUCUCCAUAUCACUUGACAAUUAUAAUCAUAGAUAUUAAUCAUAUCUUAGUUUGUAACUUCCGGUAGAUCAAUAUGAUGUAAAUCACUAAUAUUUUGUUAAAUUUUCAAAUCAUUUUGUUUUGUUUCACAGAAAGACUGUAAUAAAUAAUCAUGUUUAAUUAUGCUACAUGUAUAUAAAAGUCUAAUGUUU